AUAUUUUCUCUCAGCCAGAGAAAAUCGCAGUUCGGUGACUUCCUGUAAUGUUUCCACUUAACUUGCUUUCCUUUCAUUGCUUUUGCACGGUUUUCAUGUCAUUGUUGUUGUAUGGAGCAGCGUUUUAAAACCGGAUUUCAUUCCUAAACUCGACGAUACGAGUCAGUUCAUUUUCACAUCGCCUCAUUUGAGUUAGUCAAUCUGCUACGACUGUCAUCACAGUGUAUUACUCUGUAGAACCGUUGGCAGGCGUGACUGGACUAAAGGUUGUGUGUACCUUAUGUCUGUCAUUUAUGAAGAUUGUCCUGUGGCACACUGAAACAGCUUCCACUGUCUGGACUGAGAAGACAAACUGAGCGGGGGUGGGGUGGGUGUGAAGAAAACUACUGUAACAUGAAACGGCAGGAAGAGGAAGACAGAGGGGUAAAAUACAUGAAGGCAGUCUGCUGCUGCAGUGUGUCGCUCCUGCUCGUUCUCAUUCCCACCUGCUGUCAUGGUGGCAACAUCUUGGUCUUUCCCACUGAAGGAAGCCACUGGAUAAACAUGGAAAUUCUUCUUAAAGCUCUACACUCCAGGGGACACAAUGUAACUGUUGCACGAGCUAGCAAAACCUGGUACAUCAAGGAUAAUCCCUUAUAUUACAAGAGUUUCAUAGUUCCAGUAGAAAAGAGCUUGGUAAAUGCAGAUUUUUUGAAAAAAAUGUUUUCUAUGUUCAUAAAAUUUGAACAGGGGACUUUAACUCUCACGCGUUUUUUCCAAAUAACAACAGAAAUGCUUGACAAAAAUCUUAAUAUUUACAGUUUAGUGAGCUCAUUUGUCCCAGCUCUGCUGGAUAAUGUGGAGUUGAUGAGGAAAUUAAAUGAGACCAAGUUUGAUCUGGUUCUUACUGAUCCAUGCUGGGGUAAUGGGGCAAUUUUGGCCAAAUACAUGAAUCUCCCUUUAGUUUACAAUGUUCGCUGGUUAAUGCCUCAAGAAGCUCAUUUUGCCAUCGCUCCCUCACCAUUAUCUUACAUCCCUAUGACAGGAUCUGGCUACACUGAUAAAAUGACUUUUUUUCGGAGAGUUAAAAACAUCAUUUUCUAUCUAAUGACUGCCCUUCAAAGCAAGCUUGCGUCUAAGUUAGUAUACCAGCCACUUUGUGAAAAGUACCUUGGACCUGAUUGUGACUUUGAGCAGAUACAGAAUGAUGCAGACAUUUGGCUCAUGAGAACCGAUUUUGUCUUUGAUUACCCACGUCCCACAAUGCCUAAUGUCGUGUACAUGGGAGGGUUUAAUUGUAAACCUCCAGAACCACUUCCUGAUCACAUGGAGGAGUUUGUGCAGAGUUCUGGAGAGCAUGGAGUCAUUAUCAUGUCCAUCUCAACAUUUGUUGAUGAACUUCCAGAGGACCUUGCAGAUAGCAUUGCAGCAGCUUUUGCGAAGUUGCCACAAAAAGUCAUCUGGAGCUUUAGAGGACCCAAACCGUCUACUCUGGGUAACAACACCUUACUGACUGACUGGAUGCCACAAAAGGACCUUCUAGGACAUCCUAAAAUAAAGCUAUUUGUGUCUCAAGGAGGAACAAAUGGAGUCCAGGAGGCCUUGUGUCAUGGAGUCCCAGUAGUGGGUUUUCCUCUAGUUUAUGACCAAUAUGACAAUCUGUUGCGCUUGCAAGAGAAAGGUGCAGCUAAAAUUCUUACAUUCAGGGCAGUGGACAAAGAUGAUGGCUUUCUGAAAGCUAUGCAAGAAGUUCUGAACGAACCGUCCUACAGGCAGAACAUGCAGAGACUCUCCAGGCUGCACAGAGAUCAACCAAUGAGGCCAAUUGAUACGGCCGUCUUCUGGAUAGAAUACGUCAUUAGGCACAAAGGUGCUGGUCACCUGAAAGCUCAAUCUAACCGAAUGCCUUGGUACGUUUACCACUCUGUAGAUGUAUUCCUGUUUCUGACUGCAGCAGUGAUGCUCACGCUUUUAGCUACAGUCGUGUUUAUCAGGUGUUUAUGGAAAUCUGUGUGUAGACGUAAAGUAAAACGUGAGUAAUAUUUMUAUCCUUUAUGUGUAAAGAUAUUUCCUGUGAAUAAUGUUUAUUGAUGUUUAUUGAUSAAAGCAAUUGUCUUAUUUUAGAGGAAUAUUUUGAACUUUUUUAUUCAAAGUAGGGUACUGUUUUAGAAGAUUUUAAAUAAAUAAAUGUUUUUCUUUUAAUUGAUAUAGUAAAUUAAUUAAUUAUUUGAAAUAUUUUUAAUAUGUCCCACUCUUGUGUUUGAUAGCAGAAUAUUGCAUAUUGCAGCAGAACAUGAUUUAAUCACAUUAUCCUUGGAUAUCAAGUUGCAGRUGGGAAUGACAUACCAAACUUGACAAUGUUUCAUUUACAAAUUGUCUGAUUAAAUUAUUUCAUUCAGUAAGUUUGCUAACUCAGCUAUUUCAUUGAUUAGAAUAUUCUAAUAAGGCUAUAUUGUCUUUGAUUGAUAAUUGUUAAACAGCUAGUAGUCACACUUUCUAUUUUAAGUGUUAUCUUGUCCUUGUCAUUGAAAAUAAUCACAAUGAACAAAAAUGAAGGCAUUACAACAUCUAUGUAAUUUUUCUAAUGUGUUUCACUUUUAAAUUGAGUUACUAAAAUAAAUUACUUUUUAAUGCA